AUGAGAAAGAUUAUCGUAGUGGUUGAUGAUUGGGCAUCAUCUAUGCUUCAGAAUGAAUCACCACAAGAGCCUCCCAUUAAGCACUUGUACAAUCUAGACUUUUGGAGUGUUGUACCAUCCUUCAAUAAAUUUGAGAGAGGCCAGCUGAAGACCUGUGGAUCUUUCAAUGAUGAAGAUAAUGUGACAUUCACUGAAGUCUGGAGAUAUAUUAUGGUUGAAGACGAGUCUUGA